AUGCCAAGUCCAGAACUUCCAGAAGACAUAUACCGUCAAUUUUCACUAGCCGAGGUCAAAGCUGCUACCAACAACUUCCAUCAAGGCUCCAUUAUUGCUGAAGGUGGUUUUGGACCCGUAUACAGGGGGGCUGUCAAUGAUGGAACCAUGGUUGUUGCUCUCAAACGUCUCCGAUCGAGAUCACUACAAGGAGUUACUGAGUUCCAAAAUGAGGUACAGUUGCUGUGCCAGUUGCGCCAUCCACAUCUCGUCUCUUUCAUCGGGUUCUGCCAUGAGGACAAUGAAAUAAUCCUUGUGUAUGAAUAUAUGAGCAGAGGGUCACUGUCUUAUCAUCUCCAUCGUGACGGUUAUGUUCCACUCGGUUGGAAAAACAGGCUACAGAUAUGUAUUGGUGCAGCGCGUGGAUUACAUUACCUUCACACAGGAGUAAAGCAUGUUGUAUUCCACCGUGACAUCAAGAGCUCAAACAUUCUUUUAGAUGACGAAUGGUCGGGUAAGCUUUCCAGUUUCGGGUUGUCGAAAAUGGGUCCCAUUAGCAUGAAAAAAGCCUUGAUAAGAACGGAGUCGAGUGUGGUGGGCACUUUUGGAUAUUUGGCUCCGGAAUACAUGAUUCAUGGGUUACUAACGGAAAAAUCUGACGUCUUCUCGUUUGGGGUCCUUUUAUUUGAAGUUCUUUGUGGUAGAAAAGUCUGCGAUGCAACAUUACCAAAGAAUCAACAAUACAUACUUGAGUGGGUUAUUGAAUCGGCAAAGGAAGGAACCAAUUAUCAUGUCAUUGAUCCAUACCUCAAGGGGACGAUAGCUCCAGAAUGUUUCAAGCAAUAUUUGGAAAUCGCUUGUAGUUGUGUCCACUACGAGGGAAAUAAACGGCCAACAAUAGGCGAGGUGGAGGUCAUGCUAGAGCUUGCCUUGGAGUUGCAAAAGCAAGCAGAUUCUAUAAUGGAGAGCAUCAAUCCUCAUGGUGAAUAUAUGUAUGAAGAAGCAUCAUUUCGUUUCAGUGUUAGCGAUCUUGAUCUUUAUGGAUAUUAUUAUGGUAGUGGAUGCUAG